AAACGAGGGGGGGACGUAAUCUGGGGAGUUAAAGACAGGCUUGGUCUGAAGAACAGGAGAAGAGGUGGGACGGGGGCAGAAAGGGCUCCUGGAGCCAGAAGAAGAAAAAGAUGGGUGUGUUCAAGAGCGACGACAGCCCGGUGCCAGGAGACGCUCAUAAGUGUCAUGGCUGUCGUUUCCCUCUGCUCAUCGCCCUGCUGCAGCUGCUGCUGGGGGUGGCCAUCACAGUGGUGGCCUUCCUCAUGCUAGCCACCAGCCCCUCACUCCUGGCCAGGGAGACGCCGCACUGGGCCGGGAUCAUCCUGUGCUUGGUUUCCAUCCUGGGUCUGACCUUGUACUGCAUCACCCACCUCCCUGAUGAGAGGUCUUCGCUGCAGUUCAUUAGCAAGCUGCUGUACUUUAUCCUGUGUACAAUUGGCCUGGUCAUCUCUGUGUUGGUUAUCGCGUUUGCUGGGCACCACUACUCACAGGCCAGCAACUUCGUUUGCGAGCAGACGGGAGAGGACUGCGUGUGCAGACUGGACCCAGAGGACCCAGUCACCCGCACCUUCACCUAUAAAGAGGUCAGCGACUGCGAAGUAAUCACCGGGACACUCACCAUUUACUUCCUGCUCCAGAUCGUGCUUAACCUGGUCCAAGCAGUGGUCUGUGCCAUUGGGGCCUUCAUCAUGUGGCAGCACCGCUAUCAGGUCUUCUUCGCUGGUCUUCAGAUUGGGAUGCCUUCCCCCCAGCAGUGGCAGAAGGUGUAACGGGAUGAGAGAUUCGAUGACCGGUGACGUUACGGCGGACAGCUGACGAGAGCCUGCUAUCAUCACGCUCUUGUGAACAUAGAGCGCUUAACAAUUUAGUGUUUUUGCAUAAAUAGGCUUCCAUUGAUCUCAAUUCAUAUUUACAAGGGGAAUUGUGUUUUACGCUAAUGGGUCUUUGCACACAUUUUUUAUAACCUUUUGAUAACUCUCGGUGUAUUUUGCCAGUUUUACAUGAACUAAGUUCAAUUAGUGCAGGAGAAACAACAGCCAGUGGUUUAUUUUUUGGGGCGACACACAACUUUUUUUGCAUUUUGAGAUGUGAUUGUUAUUGUUAUGAUCUUUCAAAUUAGUCACAUUUGUUGUGUUGAAAAAAGUGUUGCUUUGUUGUCCCUGGUAAAUGGACAUUAUGCAAAUGUGAUCGUCUACACGGACAUUUAAAGGGCCGCUUUGUUGAAACCGAAAUAGAGCUGAUCUGUUGUGCGAUUAUUCCUGCAGCUAUACCACCACCUGUAGACCGUCUCCUCACAUUUCCUUUGGCUUAACAGCAACGUUUAUCUCGCAACUCUCUCGCCAGUGAUGCUUUAACACUAAAUGAAUAAAACGUAGGAACAAAGUUGAGAAAGAAAGAUGGUAGCGAUGGCUAACACUUUGCGUCAGUGGGAUCCUGUGUGGAAAACGGUUUAAAGAUGAGUGGCUUUUAUAUACUCUGUAAAGCAGAUACAGCUUUUGCAAAUUAAAAUCGAAAUAAAGUCAUCAAAUAUACAA